UUUUAAGUUGCUAUGUGUGAGUCAAUCAUCAGUGAACAUCAACAAUAUUUUCAAUGUAUGGUAACAACGGCAAAAAUUAUUAUUGACAACUCUAAAAAUACUAAAAAUGCAUUUGUUAGCACGUCAUAAUUCAUCGAAGCGUUUAACUGAAAGUAACGUGUGGUGACUGGCGGACAAAGAAUUUUGAGUAGGUUGCUGGCAAAGCGCAAAACGUACGCUGGACUCUCUGACUCGAAUUAUUAGCUGUAUGGGAUCCCAGACAACACAACCGUCAACCAUACUCCAGUACAGGCCGGACAAGAGCACAAAAUAGCACUUUAAUGUUAUGCCUGAGUAGUCUUUUGCCAACCUCAUAACAAAACCAAAACGUGUUUUAAAGAUCUACAGCACACAUAUUAAAUUAUCAAUAUGCCGACUAUAGUCAAGGUUAUAGCUAAACUUGAAGCCAAUAUCUAUUGUUAACAAUUUGCACGGACGUAAUUUUAGGAUUUUAGAGCUGAAAAAUAGACUGGAGUGUUAGGUUGUAUGUAUAUUUUUACAGGAUAUUUGAAAAAAGAAAAAAAUGAAGUUGCCGCAGAAUGUUUUCUAAGGACAUCUCCACUUUUAAAGGAAUGUUAUCAGAUGUUUUUAGCAAAGCGGAAUUUCAACAAUAAAGUCAAUGGAUUUAGUUUGGAUGACAUAUUCGAUUAUUUUGGAAUUAUAUGCAGUAUGAUCGAUGGAAAAAUAUCAGCCGAUUAUGAAUCCAAGACGGUGAUAGAAAAAUUGCAAUAUAUAUUGGACACGAGUCAUGUGAAUCAGUCUACAAGAGUUGACAAGUGUGUAGAAACUGAUCGAGAAACGAAUGACAAAUGUGUACAAGAACAGUUUAAUUGUAAAAACGACAGUCCAAGUUUGUUGCAAGAAAGUCUAUUAGUAAUUAAUGUGGUUACUCGUCCAUCAGCUGUAGAACAAAGUCCUAUUUCUUCUUUUGAAAAAAGCACAAAUGAUAAAUUUUCCAUAGCACAUUCUACACCUUGUUCGUUUUCUAAGACUAAAUUAAAUGACAUUACUAAUAUUGUACCAAACAUCACUUCUGAAUUUGAAGAAAACCUGAAUGUAUGCCCACAAAAAAUUGGUUCUCCGUCAAAGCGUAUUGAAGAAACAAAGAAUUGUCCAUCACCAAAAAGUCAUCAGAUUCAUCCAACCAACUCUUUUCAAGGCCUAGGGGAAUCGUUAAACACAAGUCUUCUUGAUAAACCAGAAAUUCAUCAAAUACCUGAAGCGACGCCACUAGAAGCUAUGCCAGGGUUAUUGAAAGAAGAUAAUACAUUAACAAGUUCUGUUAAUAAUACAUAUCAAGGCAAAAGAAAAUUAUUUAGAAAAAAAGCAGACACUAUGAAUAAAUCUGUUGAAGCUGAAAAAAAAACUGAUUUGUCAGUUACAGCUCAAAAUACCCAAAAUUUGAAUUCAUCGUUACUUGAAAAUACAUUCGAUUCUACAGAAUGUAAUCCACAAAUAAACAAUCUGUUAGAUGAAUUUUUAAUUUUUAAUAGCAAUACUGUAAAUGGCAACAAAGAUGUUGAACUAAACUGUAUUAAAUCAAGAUUGCGUAAUUCUAAAAAAAAAUAUGGCUCAAUGAAAAUCAACAAAAAAAAAAGUUGUAUUAGAACAAAAAAUAUCAAAAGUUGUAAAAAAAUUGAUAGCAAUAUUAUUUUAAUAAAUGAAAGCCACGACAAACAAUCAUCAUUUGAGAAUUGCGAGGGUAAUGUAAAUCAAGGGACUAUCAAAUCAAAUCUAUCAACAAGUUUUACACAUUUAUUUAAUUGUAGUACAUCAAGUGCAGUAUCCGCUAUGGAUAGCGAUGAAAAUCAUGAUAAAUCCGACUUUGGGAAAAUUAUACCAAAUAUAAAACCAAUGGAUUUAGGACCUCAGCUAUCUCAAAGUACCGAAAACAUAAUUUUAUCUAAAUCCAUGGAAAACAUGCUGGAAGACAAUGCUUGUUUGAAAAAUCAAAUGCAAAACCUAACUGAUGUUGAUGUACAACCUAGCCAUUCAGCUGAAAUUUCUAAACUGAUCUCAUUGGAACAAACAACCAAUAAUGUUAUUGGAAAUAUCACAUUUUCGCACGUAUCCAAAGAAGCGCUCGUUGUCAAUGAAAUUAAUUCUCACGACACUCCAGAUGCUAUACAGAAACCGCCAAAAACCAAAAGUAUGAGUACGCCACGUCGUAGAAGUACUCAUAUAAGAACUCUAGAUUUUAGUACGCCACAACCCAAGAAAAAUGCAAUUGAGCAGGCACGUUCAAAACUUUUUUGCGACUCCCCAAAAAGAAUCCUAUCAAUUUUAGAAGAAUCGUUGACAAGCCCUAUGCCCAAACUUGAAGGCAAUUGGGGAGCAGUUAAUGGAUUUGAAUCUAUUGCCAAAAAGGAUACAGUAAUAGACGGAAAACCGUGUGUAAGUAACACUGUCGGCAGUGAAAUAGUGACUUUGGAUACUCGCGGAAGAGAAACAAAAAAAUCUUCUAGAAAGGGAAGGACGCCAAAAAAAAAUGUGAAAUGCGUUCAAAAUAUUGAUGUUGUAUGUAAUGUGACAAAUGAAAAUGUUAUAGAAUUUGGUGGUUCAGAUAAAAUUGACGGGAAAGACGGAGAUGAACCUAGUAAACUAAAUAUGUGUUUGAACGAAAAAAACAAUUUAAACGAGCCGAUUGAUGUUUGUUCUCGAUUAAUAGAUCAUCAGAUGCAAGAUGACUUAGCUGCUACGUCUGAGAAUAAUACUCGACUAACUAAUACAAGAAAUUUGUACCCAAAUCAAGUUGAACAAGAAGAAUUUUUAGAACAAAUUAAUAUUAUUCCCGCUGGAAAUCAAAAUAAAAGUUUAAAUGACUUAAAUACGUCCACAGAGGUUAAUCAUAAAUCAUCUAAAGAUUUAGUCGCUGUUCAAUCGAAUUUGCUAUUAAAUAAUACUAAAGAAAAUAAUUUGACGAUAAAAAAUGAUGAAAAUCAAUUAUUCAAUGGUACUAACAUUAUUUCUGACAUCAUUAUCACUGAUACAGAAAAUCAAGAAACUGAGAAAAGCAUUUUUAAUCGUUCAAAAACACCAGAACAACUUGAUAAUUCAACAGACAACUGUUGUUCGACUACAAUUAAUAAAUCUAUUGAAAAAAUACCACAACAGGAUGAUAACAUAAUGGAUAUUCAUACCUUUAACGUUCCAAAUGAGGUUGAAAAAAUUGACAAGCAAGCAAAUGAUUCGCACUUACUUGGUACUACCAACAAAUUUGAAAAAUCGAAAAAUGACGAUAAAACAAUAAUAUCGGAUACUCAAAUUUAUUUACCAUCAUUAUCAACCGUAACCGUGUCGAAAAACAAUCAAAACGAACAGAAGGUAAAAUUACAAAACAAUUCAUUUAAUGACGUUGCCGAAAUAAAUAGUUCAGUAAACUCAAGCAAUAUUUCAUUGAUUAAACAUCACAAUGUUGCAAAAACUCCUUACAAAUAUGAUGAAUCUACUGUUAUACCCGAAACGCCAAUUUCUAAAAUGUUGCGUGAAUAUGACCCCAGUAAGCUUGUAACACCAAUACCAGCCACACCAGUGCACAAUGAAGAUUCUCUUAUGGAAACACCUUUGACAAAGGUAUUUAGAGAAACAUCGUAUUUAAAUCGCCCGCCUAUUUCGCCGUUUCCCCCUACACCUGGAAACUCGCAGUCUGUUGAUAUCGUGAAAUCAUCUGAACAACAACAAGUUACCGAAAAAUCAAUCAACAAACUUGUUGAAACAGCAAGUGUGAAUGACGUAGUCGAUAAGCCGAAAGAAGUUGUAACGCAAAUACUACCACCAAUGAAAACCACCAAUAAUGUAAUAAAAACACCGCCAACUGCAAAAAAGAAAAAAUCAUCACCGCUGAAAAUUAAAUUCAAACAUACUCCUCCUCCUCCUCAGUCUAAAAACAACGAUAAAAGUAAAAAGUUAAUUGUAAAUAAAACACAAAUUUAUGAAUCCGUCAAAGUCGAACUGUUUGGGAAUAAUAGUUUAACCAGUUCGAGUGACGAUGAUGAUGAAAAGCCCCGAAACCAGCCCAAAUCAUUAAUUAUCAAGAAAAAACCAACAGAAGAUGAAAGAACGUCAGGUUUCAAACCUAUUCCUCGUAGAAAAUCAAUUCAAGAUACGGUGGUUGUUAACGAUGCAAAGCGCUCUUCUUCAGCUGAACAAGGUCUGGAACAGUGUGCUUCGCUCACUGAACAAAUUGAACGAAACAAGAAAAAUACUAAAAAAUCGUCGUUACUUGAUAACCACAAACCAUCGGCGGUUCAUUGUGGAAAACCUGAAUUAAUUGAAACAGAAAAAUGUAUGGAUGUUCCUAAUAAACCAUACGUAUGUAAUCCAAUUGAAAAAAAAAUUAAAUCCAGUAAGUUAAACAAUAGUUGUGGUCAUACAAGAAGUUCACGAGAACAAGCCAAAAACAAACUCGUAAAGAGUAGUGAUAGUUCAAAAUCAACAGCAGUAAACAAAUCGAAAAAUACUGAUAUACAUAGUAAAAAAGCCACUAACACACCAUCAUGUUGUUAUUUUAACCAAAGUGACUCGAAACAAGACAGUGAAGAUGAAAUGAACUCGAGUCGUAAUGUACCUGAUUUGCGUUUGAAUUCUUCCAAAACGUUUACUAAUCUGAGUCUUAACAAGUCCAAUCCAUCGGAAUCAUCAUCAAUGAGCUUUACCAGUAGUGUGAAUAACACAUUACCAAAUAGCUACAUUCAAGGACGUUCUGAAACGGUGAAAAUGAAUAAAAUUGAUAAUGAACGUUUUAAUAUUGAAGAGCACUUUGAAAAACCAAUGGUGUAUGAAAUAAUCACAGAAGACGACGAACGUGAGAUGGUCCAUCUUUGUUUGUCGCCUAUAUUGGCCCUUUUUGAUUUACCUUCAGAAAUCACCUCGAAGUUGGUAAAUUCUAAUUCACCAUUAACAUUGUCAAGUAAGAAGCCAGUGGUCAAAACUUCAGAAUUAGAGGUUGGUGAAUUGGUGGAUGACGACAAUACAUUUGUAUCUACAUCAUUCCCACCCAAAGACAUAAUCGAUAGAAAAAAUAAUGCUCGAAGAAGUCCUUCCUUUUGGGAAGACUCUGUACAUAAACAUAAAUCGGAUAGAGGCAAAGAGUCGAAUCAUUGGCGGAAAACAACGCGUAAAGAUGAUCGCUAUGACGCUAAAAUAAGAUACAGAUCAAAUAAUUAUCGUAACGAACGUAUGCCGUCGGACAAAAAAAAAUACCAAGAUAAUUAUAAUACACCAUCCAGCUAUAAAAGAGAAGACCGACACAGAGGUCAGGAAAGAUACAAAAUAUGUGAAGAAGACAGAAAACGAAAUUACUACGAUAGUCAUAACUCUCACGGGUAUAAAUCAAGAAAAAGGUUUGAGGAAUCAGAGCGACGUGUUUCUUCUUCACAAAGAAUGUUUCAAAAUAGUUCUCAACAUUUUGGCGGAGAAGAUUUUGUUAAAAAAGCAACCAAAAGAAGUUCAGAUCGUUUUGAUUAUAGUCAGAUUCCACCUAAAAUGUAUAAAAGUGACCAAAAAAGAUAUUGAGACACGUCGGCGUGGACGGUUUUUUGUUUAACAUCACUGAAAAACAACCUGUUUUAAAAUAUUGUUAAUAUUUUUGUAUCAAAAGUAUAUUAAUAUUCUGUUGUACUUGUAAUGACCAUUUGAUGUUUUAUUGCAAUUAAUGUAUCAAUAAAUGUUGAUGAUUAUUUU